GGCGGAGAGUUCGGGCGCCCGCCUUCCGCUUCCCUUUCACCACAAACGCUUGUCGUCGGAGCAGCGGUCAUGGCAGCGGGAGAGGCCUCCCGGGUUUUGGUAUACGGCGGUAGGGGGGCGCUGGGCUCCGCCUGCGUGCGGCACCUGCGGGCGAAGAACUGGUGGGUGCUCAGCGUUGAUUUAGCAGAAAACCAAGAGGCAAGCGCCAACGUCGUGGUGCAAAUGGGUGAUUCGUUUGUGGAACAAGCAGAGCAGGUGACAGAAGACGUUGGAAAAGUCCUGGGUGAAAAGAAAGUGGAUGCUAUCCUGUGUGUGGCUGGUGGUUGGGCUGGAGGCAGUGCCAAGGCAAAAUCUUUAUACAAAAACAGUGACCUGAUGUGGAAGCAGAGUGUUUGGACAUCAACCAUCUCUAGUCAUUUGGCUACCAAAUACCUGAAGGAAGGGGGGCUAUUGACUCUAACAGGUGCAAAAGCAGCAUUAGCUGGAACUCCAGGAAUGAUUGCAUAUGGCAUGGCCAAAGGAGCUGUCCAUCAACUCUGCCAGAGUCUCUCUGGUUCAAACAGUGGCCUCCCCGCUGGUGCUGCAGCUGUUGCGAUCCUUCCGGUUACCUUGGAUACUCCAAUGAACAGGAAAUCCAUGCCAGAGGCUGACUUCAGUUCCUGGACGCCACUAGAGUUCAUUGCAGGAAUUUUUUAUGACUGGAUCAUCGGUAAAAACCGGCCAGACUCUGGAAGUUUGAUUGAAGUGGUAACAACUGGAGGAAAAUCUGAAUUUUCACUGGCCCACCUCUGACCCAAGAGUGGCAUUUGUGCAAAUAGGGGUGAAAUCAUAAAGAUAGAAAAUUUGUCUAGUGUAUUUGAUCACCUUCUGUUCCUGCCCAUUAUCUGGCCUUAUUUGGAACCAGAUCUGCAGUUGUGUUUGUCUUGCUAAAUGUGACUUAAUUACCCAAAGGUGCAAGGCAUCUUGCAUUUAAUCAGAGAAAUGAGUUUCAAAAUGGAUUAAUAGCUUAAUUUUGCAGAGUGAAAACUAGGGAGGGAGAACAAGUGGCUCAUGUGGCAGAUCCCACAACUUACAUAUUUGCAUCUGAUCUUGGUGUAGAAGUACAGAAGAAUGAGGCUUUCAUUGGGACAUCCCUGCCCUCAUUUAUAGGUGAGGAUGCUGUGAAUGGAAAAUUGUCUUCUUGUAGAAUACUUGUAUUUCGGUGAAUGGCCAUCUUGAAUGUUACCCAGGUAGAUGUUGUGCUUAGUUGUCACAUAUUAUCAUACUUUUUCGAGUAUAAGACACAAACACACACACACACCCAAAGUGGAUGAAAAUUGUGGCGCAUCUUAUACACCAAAUGUUGCUGAAGCUGACCAGGCUGUUUGCUGCAAAGACGCUAGCCAGAUGGAUAUGGAUGGAUGCUGGUAGGCAGAGAUAGAGAUUUUUUUUUCUUCUUUUCCUCCCCCAAAACUAAUGUGCAUCUUAUACUCCAAAGUAUCUUAUACUGCGAAUAAUAUGGUAAUUCUGACCAAAGAUGCAAUAUUGUUACUGUCUUUGAAUAAUUAUGAUUAUGUCAUGAGGUUCCACAAAGACCAAGAACAAAACAAGAAUAUGUAUUCUACCUUCCCACUUCACAAAAAAUGCCCUAAAUACAACCUAGAGAAUGUGAGUGCUGUCACUUAAUUCUUCAUUCCUAAAUACUUUCUGAAGUUUCUUUACAAAUGCAGAAAGAAGGGGAUAUUUAGAAGAGCCCAUUUAACAUGGACAUUAUUGUUGCUGUCAUUUGUCUUAAAAGCAAUGAAAAAUUGUCAGUGCAGAGUGCCAGUUCUCAGGGCUGGUAUAUCUGGCAUAUUCCUGCUAUCAUGUGCAUAAAGAAGGCUGUUGACAUUAUUUUUUCUUGGGAGAGUAAUCCUUCAGAUGAAUUCUUCAAGCCACACCAGUGAUGUUGCUACGUUGUAGCUAAGGGUUUUUAAGUCUACAUGUUCCCUACCAUUUUUUAUUCAGGGCAGAAGGAAUAGAAGGGAAUAGAAAAUAGAAUAGAAAAUAGAAUAACAGAGUUGGAAGGGACCUUGAAGGUCUUCUAGUCCAACCCCCUGCUUAGGCAGGAAACCCUAUACCAUUUCAGACAAAUGGUUAUCAAAUUUCUUCUUAAAAAUUUUCAGUGUUGGAGCAUUUACAACUUCUGGAGGCAAAUUGUUCCACUGAUUAAUUGUUCUAACUGUCAGAAAAUUUCUCCUUAGUUCUCCUAAAUUGCUUCUCUCCUUGAUUAGUUUCCAUGCAUUGCUUCUUGUUCUACCCUCAGGUGUUUUGCAGUAUAGCCUGACUCCCUCUUCUUUAUGACAGCCCCUGAGAUACUGGAACACUGCUAUCAUGUCACCCUAGUCCUUCUUUUCCUCAAACUAGACAUACCCAGUUCUAGCAAUCGUUCUCUAUAUGUUUUAGCCUCCAGUCCCCUAAUCAUCUUUGUUGCUCUUCUCUACACUCCUUCUAGAGUCUCAACAUCUUUUUUAUAUCGUGGCGACCAAAACUGGAUGCAGUAUUCCAAGUGUGGCCUUACCAAGGCAUUAUAGUGGUAUUGACAGUUCACAUGAUCUUGAUUCUAUCCCUCUGUUUAUGCAGCCUAGAACUGUGUUAACUUUUUUGGUGGCUGCAGCACACUGUUGGCUCAUAUUUAAAUGAUUCUCCACUAGGAUUCCAAGAUCUCGCUCACAGUUACUAUUAUUGAGUGAGGUACCACAUAUACUGUGCCUGUGCAUUUUGUUUUUCUUGCCUAAAUGUAGAACCUUGCUUUUUUCACCAUUGAAUUUCAUUUUGUUAUAUAGCAUCCAAUGUUCUAGUCUGUCAAGAUCCUUCGGUAUCCUAAGCCUAUCUUCUGGAGUGUUGGCUAUUCCUGCUAGCUUGAAAUGUGCAAAUUUGAUGAGUUCCCCAUCUUUCCCCUCGUCCAAAUCAUUGAAGAUAUUGAAGAGUACUGGGCCUAAAACAGAGCCUUUCACCCAUGUAAGUGCAGAGGCCUGGUAAUAUAACUCCCAAUCUGGCAGCCUAACCCCCCCCCCUUUGUUUUUAGAAUCGUGUAACAUUUCCAAUCUUAUUCUUGCUCUUUUUCCUUGCCAAAUGUAUUUUGACAUUUUAUUUAGCUCCUCAAAGUAUUUCUUUUCUAACUUUAUUGGAAUUGUUUGGAACAAAAAUAAUCUCUGCAAGAUAUUCAUUUUUAUUGUAGCUAUUCUUUCUAUCAUUGAUAAUUGCAAAUUUUUCCGUUUCUCCAGAUCUAGUUUAAUUUGUUGCAAAACUUAUACUGUUCCUUCUUUAAUAGUUGUACAUCUUGCUGUUUAUUGAAUUCCUAAGUAUUUUACUUUCUUAACUAUCUGAAUAUCUGUCUUCAUCAAUUCGUUGUUGUUUAUCUGUAACAUUUCUGACUAAUAUCUUGUUUUUUCUUUAUUUUCAAUCCUGCAACUUCACCAUAUUCUUCCUUUUUUUUUUAUUAAUUUGGGUCCAGUUUCUUGUGAUUCUUCUAGAAUAAAUACCAGGUCAUCUGCAAAUGCCUGUAAUUUGUUUUUUUCUUUUUUAAAUUCCAUACCUUUUAUUUCUGAAUCUUCUCUAAUGUUUUUCUGUUUAGCACUUCUAAUGUUAAUAUAAAUAGUAAAAGGGACAUCCUUGUCUUUGCCUUUCCUUAUAUUAAAGUUCUCUGUCAUGUCCCCAUUAACCAUCACCUUUACAAUUUGUUUAGAAUAUAUUGCCUUAAUCAUAUUAGUAAUUUUUUCACCAAAGUCCAUAUAUUUUAAUUGUAGUAACAUAAAUUGUCACUUCACAUUGUCAAAUGCUUUCUGUGCAUCUAAAAAUAUCAACGGCAUUUGUUUUUGUUUUUUUUGGAAUGUACUUCCUAAUACUCCAACAUAUUCAAGAUAAUUUUCAUAUAAUUUUUAAUUUCUCUUUAAGGUAAAAAAUCAUUCUGGUCUGAGUAUAUAAAUUUAUUCAAGAAUCUUUUUAGUCUCUGCUACUAUUGAAACAUAUAUUUUAUAGUCUAAAUUUAAUAAUGAUAUUGGCCUAUAAUUUUUUAUCUACUGAAUUUUCUUUCAGUAUUAAAGUGAUAUUUGCUUCCAUCCACGUAUUUGGUAUCUUGGCUUCUAAUAAUACUUCAUUGUAAACCUCCAACAUUGAAAAGCCUAAAGUGUCUUGUAGAUUCAGCGGUUUCUGCUUUUACCUCCCCAGGCAGCUGUAAGAAUCAGUGGGGCCUACUCAUGAACAAACAACUUAAUGAAUACUCUCCACAUAUAUAGCUACUUAAAAUUGAGCCUUAAAAGAGUGAAAUAGUCAAAAUAUUGUUAUUGCCAUAUAGAAUGUGUACUGAAUAAAUAUACUUAACAGGAGAAAAUCUUAA